AGUUGUCUUCAGUUCGGUCAGAGAAACCGACAAGUUCGGUAACGGUGGAGCGGCGUUCAAACCGUGAUUUAACUUUGGAAAUGAGCAUUUUAUCGUUGGCUAACCGGAGGAACCGACAGCUGCGGUGUUUAACGUUACAGGCACAGACCGGGAACUGAGGGAUUUCGUGGUUUUCGGCGGUGCCAGCAGCGGACAGAGACGGCGAGAGCCCCCCUCAGGCUGUUUACAUCCUGACUGCUGAGGUGGAGAUCUUGGAGGAGCCAGGAGACAGACAGAGGGGUGGUGGAGUCACAGUGAACGUCUGAGAGAUGUGAAGCUGAAGGAUCAUAGGAACUGUCACUCAAACUGGGACCACGCCUCCCACUUUCAGCUGCAACCAAUCAGCACGCUGACUGGAGGACCAUCAUGCAUCUGAAGUCGUAUCCGAAGCUCGUGCACUCAGAGUUGCGUUUGGAUGCGGCCGGUGUACAGACAUCAUUUCAGAGGAGCAGUCUGUUUGUGAGCCAGCAGGGGGCGUCGCUGGACACCUGCAGCAGUAACCAUGGCGACGUCAGCAGCAGUCGCCUCCCAUACAGUGUCAUCUCCACCAACACGCUUCGCUGCAGCAACGCAACAAACAGCAGCCGCAGCGUGGUGUCGCUGUGGCUGAAGGCGUCAUCCAGCGCCGCCUUGCAGCUCCUCGCUCCGCCGACUGUCUGUGAGAACGACACGCUCAGACUGUACCACACCGCCACAGACGACUCCAACGGUUCGCUCGACAUCUGGACGGUCAUCAAGCCCGGACACGUCCGUGAGAAGAUCGCCAUCUUUGCUUCUGAGGGAGGACGGACAGACGGAGCUGGGGGCAGCAGCUCGGGCAGCUGGGACAGGACGUCACUGGCAUGUACAAACCACACCGGCAUGUCAGGACUAACACGGGCUGUGAAGGCAAAGGGGAGCUGGGAGGAGAACUGUAGCGCCAAGCGACGCCGCAGGUCUGGAAGCAGUCAGAGCCAGAACCUCCAGCAGGAUCAGAGGCUCCGGGUCCUGGACGCACAGGACACCUGCACCCACAAACCGUCUCCAUGGCUCUCUGACUCGACUCAGGGGGCGGGGACCGUAGCGGAGGAGGAGGAGCAGAAGGUGUCGGUGGUGGAGAUGGUGGCGUUCUUGGAGCAGAGGGCGAGUGAGCAGCAGGGAGACUGCAAACCACUGCUCACUCUCCAGAGAAGCUCCACCACCAUCACGCUCUCCAGAGCGCCACACUCCGAAGUCAGGGAGGGGUCAGAGGUCAGGGGGGAUGAGCCAGAGAGUGUUAAGGUGUCCGACAUGGUGGCUAAGCUGGAGUCGGAGUGUCUGAGGAGGAGGACAGAGGGAGAUCUGUCGAUCAGCAAUAACAGCCUGAGGAGGACGGUGGGACGAGUCCUGCUUGCCGCUGGAAACCAGGGCUCCGCCCCCUCCCAUCCUACAUCAUCAUCAUCUUCGUUGUCAUCACUGCCGGGAGUUCAGAGUCUAAGGGCAGAGCCAAUCAGCUGUUCAGAAACUAUCAGGACAGAGACACCUGUCUCAGGUCUUCCCACGCCCCCCUCUUCCCUCUCAUGUCAGGCUCAGGAGGCCGGGGGGGGCGGAGAGGUGGAGACGCAGGGCCCUGUCACAGAGACUCAGACUCUGGCCCCGCCUCCUCAGGCAGAGGGGGCGGAGCCUGUGCCUGGUUUGUUGUUUUUGUGUCCCCCAUCUGCUGCUUCAGCCUGUACAGACUCCACCCCUCCCCACACAGACUCAGAGCCCCGCCCCCCUUGCCACAGGAUGACCUUUGACCUGGAGUCUGCCCCCUUGCAACCCAGCCCUCCUGCUGUUAGCUCCUCCCUUUACUCUGGUAGCCAAUCAGAGAAGAGGAGGAGGACAAAGGCUGAUGGUGGUCAGGAGGCGGAGGUUGUGGAUGUGAGUCCAUGUCCUGCCGCAGUGCCUCUGAGCCGACAUGGGUCUGUGUCACAGGACUUCCUGGAGAUGCGUCAGCGGCUGCAGCAGCUGCUGGAGCCGCAGCCGUACCUGGCCGUCCUGCCACAUCACCUGCUGGUGAAGAUCUUCCUGCUGCUGCCCACUCAGAGCCUCGCCGCUCUCAAGUGCACCUGCCACUACUUCAAGUUCGUCAUAGAGAACUAUGCUGUGCGACCCGCUGACUCGCUCUGGGUGUCUGACCCCCGUUACCGUGACGACCCCUGCAAGCAGUGCAAGAAGCGGUACGACCGCGGGGACGUGUCACUGUGCCGCUGGCACCACAAGCCGUACUGCCAGGCACUGCCAUACGGCCCCGGGUACUGGAUGUGUUGUCACGGUGCCCACAGGGACGCACCUGGCUGCAACGUGGGUCUCCAUGACAACCGCUGGGUGCCGGCGUUCCACAGCAUCAACGUGCCGAUCUACAGGAGGAGCCACAAAGAUGACUGAGUGUGUGAGUGUGUGAGAGAGAGAGAGAGACUGAUGCUGACAUAAAGAUCAGCUGCUCCCAUGAUGCAACAGCAGGUUAGAUUUUCCUCCAAAACACUGAAGAGCUGCAGCUGACAAACAUUUAUUAGUAACGUAUUGAUUCAUCAUACUUUUGAUCAGUUUUUUGAUUUGUUUGUAAAAUCUUCAGCUUCAGUUGAUCUCGUUCUGUCUUUGGAACAUCGCACUGUGUCUGCGGCUGACGGUCGCCUGCGGCACCGACUCAUCUGUCGCUUCAGGUCCAUUUCAUUAUUAAUGAAUUUUCAUUAUUGAAAGCUCAGCCAGAGGAGGUGUGGUCAAACAACUGGUUUGUACCUGAUCGAGUCUGAAACCCAAAGACAAGAAUCAGGUCCUCGUACAGAAAAGAUGGAACCAAGGAGCAUUUUCCAUUGUUGACUUUUAAAGUCAGAGCUAAAGUGUUCCUCACUCUGUUCUCAGUGUUUUCAGGAAGAUCUCCACCUGUUUGUUGAUGUAGUCUGACAGGACAGCAGGGUGGCACCCCCUGCUGCUCACACCUCAGCUCCCAGCCUCCACCCAUCACCUCAGAGUAAAAUGUCCUCCUGCUUCGAUCUGGUUACAUCGGCAGCUCGUUAGCGAUGAACCAGUUGGUGGGAGGAGGAGUACCGGCCAAGACUCCUCCUCCUUCCUCUUCUCUGUCAGAUUGCAGCUGAAAUCGUUCCCACACAUUUCCCAGUCACAUCUCUGAUCACGGUGACGUUCAGAUCGCAUCAGUCCAGACUCAUCACGUCUGUUUGGCUCAGAAUCAUUCGUCUGCACGCAGGAUGAUUCCUGACGAGUAACACGAACACGGACUCGUGGUCCGUCACCAGCCGGCGUCAGGGAGCUCAGUGUGAUGUUCCGGAGUCCGUCAGUCAGCCGUCCCACUUCAGCUCAUUCAGCUCAGAGACAGACAGACUGUUGUCUACAGCUUUCAGCCACCUGUUGCUUUCAGAAUGGACCCAUCAGUCAUGUGGUUUAUAAAAUGUGGUGGAACAUGUUCUUCAUGUGUCCUGUUCAGUCACUGUGACAGAAAAGUUUUAAUUCAACAGAAAAAGUUUAAUUUGAUUCAUUUUCUUUUCGUCAACUAAUCGCUUGACUAAUGGUGGCAGCUUUACUUUCAGCUGUCUCACAUGGUCUUCAUCAGCAGGGGCCCGUUUACACGUUCCGCUUUCCUCUGAGCACGCCUCCAUCAGAGGCCAUUUUUACAUUUCAGUGUCUGCUGAUGAAGACUGUGUGAAAUUGAUGAAAGCUGCAGAGUAGGCGAGUAAGUGGAGCUUGAGUGGAGGUUGUUGCGUCGUGUUUUCCAGCUGAACGUGACGUGGAGCUGGGUCACGUUGGGCGGCGGUCACAGACGCUGCAGUUUCCUCUGAGGAACAGACUGAAGCUUCUGGGUUCAGUGGGUGAACGAACCAGGUGGAACACGUAGCAGGUGGAACACAUAUGGCUGCAUCUAACGGUUCAUGUCAUCAUCUGUCCAUCUGAUGACAGUAUGAUGUUGUGUAAUGGAUUCAUCUGUUGGUCAGACCAACGACUCAAACCCCAGAGAAAACUCAAUCAGUUAUCAGAGUCGUUUUCUGUGGACUGAUUGAUCUGAUUGUUACUCCAGCUGUUGUAACAGCUGGAAUAACAAUCAUCACCUGUGGCUACGUGCGAAAGCUCAGGGUGACGUGAGCAGUUGAUCAGCUAAUUGAGGAUCAGUAAUCAGUGACUUCAGAGUACCUGGUCCUCAGGUGAGUGAGGGGGUGGAGCUUCAGCGGGUGUUGUCUGUGUUCGUGUGGGGCAGAGAUAAAUCCAGAGGAGGUGAAUGUAUCUUCACUUUGUGUUUACAUUUGUACAUAAAUGAUAAAGAGUCUAUGAGCAUCUGUUUAAACAUCAGCUGAGAGAUAAUCACCUGUAACAGGACUGAUAACAGAUCAAUGAUUUUCAGGAAGAGAACAGAGGAGACGUGGCCUUCAGUGUCCUCAGAGACGAUGCAAUAUAAAGCUGGACUGCACAGAUUCUAAAAAAGAAAAGCAGGGAGAAGCUGCAGAGGUUUUUCUUUUUAAGGUUUGUUGGUUUCUUUCUGCUUUUUUCUCUGUUCAUGAUGUUUUUGCUUUAAUAAAGUGUUUUCUCUUGUUUGUGUAAAAAAAAAAAAAAGACUCGU